GGCACUCACGGAAGGGAACCCCUAUACCAAGGGGUGAGGGGUAAAGGCACCGGGACCACCCCCCCCACCCCCCCCCAGCCAGCCCUGCCGCUGCUGGGGGCUUCAGCAGGGGUGCGAGGGCAGCGGGGACACCAUGGCAGCAGCGGAGAGCGAAGGGGAUGCCCAGAAGCUGCGCUUUGGGCCGUGGCUGGUGAACGCCAUCAACAGCGGCUUGUACCAGGGGCUCUGCUGGACUGACCCGGCCCGCAGGGUCUUCCGCAUCCCCUGGAAGCACAACGCCAGGAAGGACGUCACCAGCAGCGACAUCGAGAUCUUCAAGGCCUGGGCGCAGGCCAGCGGGAGGUACGAGGGGAGCCCCGAGGACCCGGCCAAGUGGAAGACCAAUUUCCGCUGCGCCCUGAGGAGCACCCACAUGUUCACGCUGCUGGAGGACCACUCCAAGAACAGUGACGACCCUCACAAGGUCUUCGCCGUCAACUCAACUGCCCCCCAGCAUGGCCAGGACGGAGGUUUUGGGGGCCCUGUGGCAGACGCCCCGCCGCAGCAGCAGCCACAGCUGGAGCUCAACCACCACGAUGUGGCCCCGCAAAUCGCACCCCGAGGCAGUGCCACUGCUACCACGACGCAGUCGCUGACGCUGGAGGACCUGGACAUGCUGCAGUUGGUGCUGCAGCACUGCAACAUCUCCACCCUCGGCCCCACACCGUCCCCCUGGCCGCCCGCAGGGGAUGUCCUGCACGACGAGGAUGCUCUGCUCCAGCCCGGCCCCAGCCAAGGCGGCUGCCUCCCCCCAACGGUGUUUCAGGAGUGGGGGCCCGUGGCGGAGCAGCCCCCGCUGGGCGCCUACAGCCCCUCGGACCACAUGCUGCUAGGGGAGCAAACCAUCCCAGGAGCUGUGCCGCUGCCGUGCCACACGCUCCCCGCUGAGCAGGAGCCCGCCGGCCCCGUGCUGUCCCCGGGCGAGGCGCUGCUCUUCCACCCCGCCGCCAGCCCCCCGCCGCCGGCGGAUGACACAGGGAUCCCCCCCCACCUGGACAUCACCAUCUACUACCGGGGGAAGACGGUCCACCAGGAGGUGGUGAAUGACAGACGGUGCCUGCUGGCCUACCAGUCCCUGGACCCGGCGGUGGCCCUGCAGCCAGGGCAGCGCGUCCUCUUCCCCAGCCCCGAGGGCCUGGCUGACAGCAAGCAGCGGCAGUUCACCGAGGAGCUGCUGCUGGGCGUGGGGCUGCGGCUGGAGCAGCGCGCCGGCAGGCUCUUCGCCACCCGCCUGAAGAAGUGCAAGGUCUUCUGGGCCCUGUCGCAGCAGCUCGACAACGGGAAACCCCCGCCCAACCUUCUGUGCCGGGACCAGGAGACCCCCAUCUUUGACUUCAACGUGUUUUGCACAGAGCUCAGGGACUUCCGCGACAACCGCAGGGAGCGGUCCCCUGACUUCACCAUCUUCCUCUGCUUCGGGCAGUGCUUCUCCAACUGCAAGCCCAAGGAGUCCAAGCUCAUCCUGGUGAAGCUGGUGCCCAAGUUCUGUGAGCACUGGUACGAGCAGGUGCAGCGGGAGGGAGCCUCCUCCCUCAACAGCGGCAACGUCAGCCUGCAGCUCUCCGACUCCUUCAGCCUCUACGAGCUCAUCGAGCAGUACAGCAUGCAGAUGGACUGACACCCCCUGCCCCUGCCCCCCCGGCCUCUUCUGCGGCGCUUGCAAACUGUUUUCAGGUGCUCUUGCACCCGGAUGGGCCGAUCUCACCGCUACACAGCAGGAACAAGCUGCGUUAGCUCUCCCUGGGCACAUCUGGCAACCAUGCCCUGGCCACAGGUGCUGAUCAAGAAUUAACAGAGCACACAGGGGGCCAUGCAGGCCAGCCACGUCCCACCCUCCGAAAGAAAGCAGCUCUAAAAGCUCCAGAAGUGGUUGGCAAAACCUUUUCUCUGGCUGUGCAGCACUUUAACCCUGCAGUAGCAGCGGGGCAUCAGAGGUGGGAUCCCUCCUCCGCCCCCAAGGACAGUUUCACCGGCUGGUGCUGGAACUUACACUCAGCUCUUCUCAGCCAUGAUGGGCAGCUGUUCACCCAUGUUUUUGUAGAGAGUGGUCAUUUACCGAUUUAUUUUUCUGAUUUUUUUAAAGUUUAAAUAUAUGUAUAUGUAAAGGUGC